CACGGUGACAAGAUGGAGGCCGAGGUUUGGAAUCAGUUAAGCGAAGAUGACGUCUUUCGCCAGUUUCUUGAUGAGAGCUUUGACGUUAAAGCCCAUGCUAACAGAGCCAUCCAAGGAAUGGUGAUUUCUGAACAGUUAGGAAAGCUAGCUGAAGGCAUCAGUUUGCUGGACAAAGAAAUCCAUUCUCAGAUUGUGAAUCACCAUGAAGACUUGCUGUCACAAGCUACUGGUGUGGAAACUUUGGAAGGUGUGCUUCAGAUGAUGCAGACAAGAAUACAGUCUCUCCUGGCUUCUAUGGACAGGGUGAGAGCAAAGGUAUCGGAGCCGUACUCUAAGAUUGUGGCCAGGACGACUCAGCUGAGACAUCUGCAGGAAACAUGUGACUUGCUACGAAGGAUGAUUCGAAUCAUGUACCUCAGCAAACGACUCCACACUCAGCUGGAGGGAGGAGCAAGAGAGAUCACUAAAGCUGCACAGAGUUUAAAUGAACUGGACUACAUCUGCGAGGGGGUGGACCUGGGGGGUGUGGAGGUGAUUGAGCAGGACCGACGCUUCGUCAAGCAGGCCAGGAAAGAAGUAGAGAGCCAGGCACAAAAGAUGUUGGAACAAGGCAUGGAGACUCAGAACCAGACGGCUGUGGCCACGUCGUUACAAGUGUUCUACAACCUAGGCUCCCUGCACAGUGUAGUCGACAAGAUGGUCGCCAGUUGCCGGGCGACCUUGCAUCAGCAAGUCCGGGCCUGCCUCGACGUACAAGCCUUGACCAUGUCGCAGGGGACUGUGGGCAGAGGUGGUCCGGGCCGGGCGGCCAUGCCAUCUCCGGGCAACACGGCAGCACUGCGGGCUAACCUGUGGACCAACAUGGAGAAACUCAUGGACAACAUUUACUCAGCUUGUGCUCAGGUUCAACAUUUACAGAAAGUCCUGGUCAAGAAAAGAGAUCCAGUAACUCAUGUCUGUUUCAUAGAUGAAAUAGCUAAACACCGGCACGGAGACGUGAACAUCAUGCAUGACUUCUGGGAAGACUCCACCAACAUGCUGACCAGAGAGUUCAGCGACGCGUCUCAGAAUUCUUCGUUCCUGAAGCAAGCGUUUGAGGGCGAGUACCCGAAGCUGCUCCGCCUGUACAACGACCUGUGGCGCCGCCUGCACCAGUUCAGCAACACUCUGACCGUGACCCCGAGUGCUGGAGUGGCAGAGGUGGUUGUGACCGGGGACGGGGAUGAAGACUUUUUUGCCCAAACAGAGAAAAGCCGGCAGACGUAUGACUCCGAGAGGGCUUUGCGAGAAACGUUGGCCCUGUUUGAGAAUGCGUACCUUUCCCGCUCGCUGUCUCGGCUGUUUGACCCAAUCAACUUGGUGUUUGCCUCCAACACGUCCAGUCCACCCACACUGGAGGAAGUGGACAAUGUGGUCAAGACUAUCUCCAGUGAGCUGAAUGUGUCCAGUGUAGAUGUGAAACUGAGCAUCACCGUCGCCCGCAAUGUGGCCAAGACCGUGAAACUCCUCUGUGUAAAGAGUGAGCAACUGCUCUCGACGGAUGGUGAAGCCAGUCAGGUGAUUGGUCCCGCAUCUGCUGGUCAAACCCGCAAUGUUGGUGUGGUCAACACACUGUUCCAUUUCCUCCAAGCUGUAGAUAAGGUGCUGACUGGGAUCAACCAUUUCCCUGAUGAGGCUCAACACAGCAUUGAAGUUGCUCUCGAGUCCGUUGUUCAGCUAAUGGGUGCAGCUCUUCAGCCAUUGCUUUCCUCAAUAUCGGAUGCUCUGGAGGCGAUUAUACUGACCGUACAUCAGGAAGAUUUCUCUGGGCCAGCCCCGAGCGGUUCUGAGACAGAGGCUCCGUGCUCCCUGUACAUGAAGGAACUGCAGAGCUUCAUCUCCCGUUGUCAGGCAGACUACCUCUCACAGUUCAAAUGCAAGGAUUUCAUCAUGGACAGCAUCCUGCCCAUUGCUUGCCGCUGUGUGGAACUGUUUGUGCGGCAUGCCAGUUUGGUCCGGCCGUUGGGCGACGGGGGCAAGCUGCGACUGGCAGCAGACUUUGCUCAGAUGGAGCUAGCCAUUUCACCAUUCUGUCGCCGGGCAGCCGACCUCGGGAAGACGUACCGACUGCUCCGAGCUUUCAGACCAUUGCUGUUCCAAACACCCGAGCAUGUUUCUCAAAGUCCAGCUCUGGGCGAGAUCUUACCGUACAGCACCCUGUUACACUUCCUGUUUGCUCGUGCUCCCACGGAACUCCGCUCGCCUCAUCAGGUCUCUGACUGGUCAGUGAGCAGAUACUCCCAGUGGCUUGAUGACCACCCAGAAGAAGCGGAUCGGUUGAAAAUCAUCAAGGGCUCUCUAGAAGCAUAUGCCAAGCUUGUCAGACAACGACAAAGCAAGGAGUAUGCAGCUGUCUAUCCGGUGAUGCUAUCAGUGUUACAGAAAGGCUUACACUGACAACGGAUCUCAUGAUUUAGUUGACGUACAACAAUAACAACAACAACAACAAAUAGCAGUAGCCACAAAAACGUGAAUUUGCAUGUAAAAUAAUUAUAUGGGUAACUAAAACUUUAUAGAAUUUAUUGACAUCAUUGUUAGCCCUCCCAAGGAAAUGUAAUUCAAAUUUUUUUUUCACAUUCUACUCAAUUUAUGUGAGUGAUGAAACUAUUUUUAAGAAGUUUUUUUUUUGGAUGGGCAGAAAGUUAUAAAACUGCAGCAGAUGACAUUUGAAUGGUUGUGGAGAGAUGUUGAGACUUUAAAAACAAUUCUGCCUGUGGAUUAUGAAGGUGCAAUGACCCGUGUUGAAUGUUGCUAUAUUUUGUUACAUUUUAUUUCUGCUUUUUUGUCUGUUUCAGAGCUCCCCUUGUCGGGCCAACUUAACAGGUUCCUUCCCCAUUUGGUUUUCUAUCUUAAGGGGUAUUUAAACCCUUGUUUCAGAAACUUAAGGGUUGUUGUUUUUUUGUGUUUAUGUCUGAAGUCAAAAGCCAGUUAUCUCCUAAUUUUAUAGUAAAAAUUUUUGCAUGUAGCGUAAACAUAUUACUCACACACACAUUCACACAGACACACCUUGACUAUGAUUGAAUGCUAACGAUUUUUAAUUAACUGUAAGGUUUUAAUGUAACAACAAGAAAUAAAUGAGUAAAAUUGACUAGAAUUAGAGUUGUGUUCAUUUGGAGAGGGGGUAGGGUGGUGGUGGUUGGGCCUAUCAAAAAUAAAAUAUAGGUGACAAACCGAAAGGGGUAAAUUCCGACUGUAAUACUGGAAGAAAAUAAGUUAUUAUUCUUCAGAGCCGUCCCAGUGUUCACAUUCCCAUCAGUCCAGACUUUUUCGAUUUUUGUAAAAGAAUGGCGGACAAUUCAUGUUUACUAGUGUUAAAGAAGGAUGGGGGGCAGACCUGCCACCCUAUGAAAUCUAAAAAUCAGGAUCUCAGGGGGCGAAAAAAAUUAGGAUCAACGACAAAUCACCAGGGUGACUGCCAAGCUGACUUAAAAAUUUUUCUCUGGUGUUCAUGAAUAUAUCCAUGUUUAUACCCUCUGCUCUGUGUGUGUGUGUGUGUGUGUGUUAUCAUUAUUUCUUCAAAUCCUGAAGUAUCAGGUCAAGGACUCCAAGUCCAAGUGUCUACCCAACACAAAGAUAUAAUUUCAGGAAAUAGUGCUCCGAGUUUCUGCUGACAAAAAGUUUAAUGAGUGCUUCCCUCGACAGAGAAGAAGGCAGAGUCACCUGUAUAUUUUAGAAAAAUCCAGCGCAACAGACGUCCCCAAAAAAAUCUGGAUACACGCAAUGGAAAUCGGAGAAAAUCGGGAUGCUUGAGAUUUGAGGCAAAAAAAUCAGGAUACAAAUCAGGAUGAGUAGCCAGGUCUGUUUGGAUAAUCUCACGGCAGGGUAAACUCAAGGCAUGACACCGGCUAAUGCGAACGACCAGAAUGUGGGCGGAGCUUCUCUGCUGAAGCAAGCCUUUGUCGCCAGAAAUUACGUGCAGCUGAUAAAUAGGUCUACUGCUUCUGACACGAAGUCACAAAAGGUGACUGCCGUGCCGUGUAUGUGUGUGGCUAUGUUGUCAAAUCAUUGACUCGGUUUUGGGAUGGAGAAAGGGGGAAAUCAUGCUUGACGCACACCACGUAUGUUUGAUUAGUUUGAAAGCGUAUGCAAAACCCCCGAAACGAAAUGUUAAAGAGUAAUACUCACGCACCACCAAGAUUACCAAGGGGUAAUCUGCAGGUUUGAUGCGCAAUAUACGCACGUCUGUGUGUAAUGGGGAGCCCUGCUGUUUGUUAUGGUAUAGGAUUCUGUCGUUAGUAGGACCACUUUUAUAGCCCAGUAUGCCUAUCUGAAUGCCUGCUACUAAAGGACUUUGUUCUAUACAUUACAAAAGAUUGGAUUCGGGGGAGUUAUAGCCUACUGCAGUUGAAAUCUUGUUAUUACCGAGACUGUUACAUUUGGGGCCCAUUGUUUAUAAUGGUUUAAUUAGUUUCUGUCCUUGAACAGACCUGGGGGGUGCUAACUGUUUAUUUUAUGGAAAUGCGCAUUUUAACUAUCACAAACUGGUCACAGACAGAUGGUGGCUCUCUAAUUGAUAAACAGAUUAUUAUUGAUGGUGAAGGCAUAGUGUACCUGAGAUGUAUACAGGUCCCUUUCACUGUUGUCUUUACUUUGGUAGUGUCACUUUUGUUAGGAUGUUAAGAAUCCGGUAAUUCUGUUUUGUUAUAGUUAUAGUUUUGUGGACAGAUAGGGACCAGUGUGUCCCAUUCUUGAAAAUGCAUAAACAAAAUAAUAACAACAACAACAAAGUAUGGUAUGUGAAUAGUGUGGGACAUAAAUAAUAGGUUCAGAUUACAUUGCUUUUCAUUUUCUUAUCAUCCGCCUUUGUGAGACACAUCUUGCUUUGAUGCCAUUUAUUUGUGUACCAAUAUCAUUAUAUGUAAUGUCUUGGAUUUUUGUGAUAUAUAUAUAUUUUUUUUCCUUGAAUAAAGGGAAAUAUUGAGGGAAGCCUGCCACUAGAAGGGCAUA